AAAAUGUCAAGUGUAGUUUCGGGAAGAAAGAGUAUUGGAAGCAAGUCAAAUAAAUCAGGUAGUUCUAAAAGAUAUGCCAAUGUGAGCAGCAGGUUCUGGAAACCAACUAUAUCUAGUAAGCUCAAGGCCAGAGAAUUGGGUUUGAUCAAGGAGACUGAAGAAGAGAAUUUAAAUAAGGAAAUAACGGAAAAUAAGCCAAAGACUCCCCAAAAAUUUCAAAGGGGGAAAAGUCCAAGAUCGAAUAAAAUGUAUAAAAGUCCUGCGAAGCCAAGCUCAAGGCUUAGCAAUAGGUUUCCUAGCCCAGCUGUAAAACCAAGGAUUCCGAAGGUUCCUAGAAGGAUAAAUAAGGUUAUAAAGAGUAAAAUUACCAAUGCCAAAGAAAAUAAACCAUUUUCUCCUGUUGUUAAGAAGAGUGCUCUCAAGAAGUCAGUGAAAAAGCAAAAACUGAUCAACCCAGUCCCUGUAGAAGGCAUUGAUUUCAGAUUUGAAAUACCAGAAACACUACCCAAGAAGAGAGAUAAGAAACUUUCAGAGAAAGUUGAGGAAGAGAAGGAGGCGCAGAAGCCAGCCAGUAAAGAGCUUUUAGAUAUAACAAACUCUAAUUUGGAUGCAAUUUCUAGCUCAACUCCUAUAAGAUGCCUUACUGGAAAGUCAUCUGUUGUUAGGAGUAGUAUUAGUCUUCUUCAGAGUGAUCCUGGGAGUGGGAAAUCUACCCCAAAUGUCACACCUUAUAAAAUUUUGAGAAAGAACAAAGAGAAUGGAAAAGAUGGGUCCAAGAAUAUUGACGAUCUCACUCAGAAAAUCAAGAAGUUAGAAGAAGAUAUAUUCAAAUCGAAAAACAUGAACUAUGAAGAUGAGUAUUCUGAGAAUAAUGAAUUCCUAGACGGAAUUUCUCAAAUAGAUGGAAAUGAACUUCUCAAGAAAAAUCUAGAAGACCAAGGACUCCUUCUAGUUCAUGAUAAUGUUCAAAAAGAAGAGCAAACUCCAAAACCAGUAGAAGAAAACCCUGAGAUAGGGGAAGAGAAUCAAGAUGAAGAUAUAGCUGAAAUUAAGGAGCUGGAAGCCAUGAUUGGUCAAGUAUUCAAAACUAUAAAGAAAGAUGAAACCCUUUCAAAUAAGCUUCAAAGUAAGAUAAAAGCUUAUGAAUCACUGACAAGCGACUUACUAAACUCUGUUUCAAAUGUGAAUAAGGGCGAAAAUUUUGAGGAUUCUCAAGAACAAGUUCAAACUUCAUGGAAGACUUCAAAGGGCUCAAAAUUGCUUUCCUCAGCCAGAUCUGCUAGAAAAAGAAACAAACCAGGCAGAAGAAGACGCUCAAAUAGAAAUAAGACCACUUACGAUUGUAUUGAGAUUUACAAGCAAGAUUGACGAGACGAAGAGUGGUUCAAGGAUAACGAAGUAUGGACUAGAUCAAGGAAGAGAAGGAACCUUGGGCAAAAUUAA